CUAAAGGUUGAGAAGUAAACAUGGAGUUGGGUUAUUGUGCAGUGUUUCUGAUACUGUUCCUUUCAACUUCAUCAUGUGAAGCUUCUACCUCGGUUGAGAAACAGUUGAAUUUCAAGGAAUGCUUGUUAACCCACCUUGAUGGAAAUUCUGAAUCCAUUGAAAAAAUAAUCUUCACCUCAUCCUCCUCACUAUACCCCAAAGUCUUGGAUUCAUUGGAACAAAACCCUAGAUGGCUGAAUUCCUCAAGGAAGCCUCUUGUAAUUCUAACACCUUUCCAUGAAUCAGAGGUUCAAGCAGCCAUCCAAUGCAGCAAAGAGCAUGGGCUCCAACUCAGAGUCAGAAGUGGUGGCCAUGACUAUGAAGGGCUAUCAUACCUUAGUAAGGUCCCAUUUGUGAUGGUUGACCUCAUCAACAUAUGUUCCAUUCAUAUUAACCUUGAUGAUGAAACAGCUUGGGUUCAGGCUGGGGCAUCAUUGGGUGAACUUUACUACAAAAUUUCACAAGCAAGUAAAGUGCAUGGAUUCAGUGCAGGAACCUGUCCAAGCAUAGGGAUUGGAGGGCACAUCAGUGGAGGGGGGCAGGGUACCUUGAUGAGGAAACAUGGCCUGGCAGCAGACCAUGUUCUUGAUGCUUACCUCAUAGAUGCAAAUGGGAAGAUUCAUGAUAGAAAAUCAAUGGGAGAAGAUGUUUUUUGGGCCAUAAGAGGAGGUAGUGCUACUAGCUUUGGAGUCAUUCUUGCAUGGAAGAUCAGUUUGGUUAGAGUUCCACCAAUUGUUACAGUGUUCAAUGUUCAGAGAACACUGGAGGAAGGAGCCACCGAUCUUAUUCACAAGUGGCAAUACAUAGCACCAGAAUUGCAUGAGGGUCUUUUCAUUAGAGUAUUUGUUGAAAAUAGUGGUGACAAAUCAAAGAAAUUCCAAGCAACCUUCAACUCUGUCUUUCUUGGAGGAAUAGACAAGUUGAUCCCACUGAUGAAUGAGAGCUUCCCUGAAUUGGGGUUGCAGGCCAAAGACUGCACUGAAAUGAGUUGGAUCCAAUCAGUUAUGUACAUUGCUGGAUACAACAAAGAUGACCCUCUAGAACUCUUGCUUAAUAGAACAACCAUGUUUAAAAGCUCUUUCAAGGCCAAGUCUGACUUUGUAAAUGAGCCAAUACCAAAAUCUGGUUUAGAAGGAGCUUGGAAAAUGAUUCUAGAAGAAGACACACUAGCCGUGGUAAUAUUGGAUCCCUAUGGUGGAAGAAUGAGCGAAAUUUCAGAAUCUGAAAUCCCUUUUCCCCACAGAAAGGGCAACUUGUACAACAUACAAUACUUGGUCAGUUGGGAAGAGAAUAGCAUUGAAGCAUCUAAGAGGCAUCUACAUUGGGCUAAAAUGAUUUACAGAUACAUGACUCCUUAUGUUACAAAAUCUCCAAGAGCUGCCUAUUUCAACUACAAGGAUCUUGAUUUAGGCAAAAACAAGCAUGAAAACACAAGCUACUCAAAAGCUAGUGUUUGGGGGGAGAAGUACUUCAAAGGAAAUUUUAGAAAAUUGGCACAAAUUAAGACAAAGUUUGACCCUCAAAACUUUUUCAGGAAUGAACAGAGCAUUCCUCUCCUAAAUUCCAAUCAUUAUUAACAUAAAGGGCAUGACAUUAUUUGGAGCACCUAAAACAUUUGUGUAGUGCUACAUUAUUAUGUUAAUCUUCCGCUUUGUAAUUGUGUGAUUGUUAUAGACCAAACCUGGAAUGGUGUGCUGCAUUUGCAUACACUUCAAAGUUAGGGGAUCAAAUUCAAAAUGGAUAUGAUGUAUUUUCUUAAUGGAUGUGGACUAGUCACUCGUGUAACAUUCCAUGAAGUUACAAAAUGUUAUAAGAAUGUACACUUCCUAGACAGAACCGCUCAUAAAUCAACACAAGUUUUAGUGAAA